UGAGACAUUCAUUAUUGCAGACUUCGACCGAAUAUAGUGUAUAUGGAUGUUCAUUCCCACAGCAAAACCAAACAAGGAUCAUGACCACCGUGGAAGUCGAGGUUGUCCUGGCGCAAUUGGCGUCGCUCCGCGAGGAGACGGACGCGAAGAUAGCUGAUGCAGCUCACCAGAUCUACAAGCUGAACGAGGAGAAUGACUUACUCUCAGAAGCCAACGAAGUCCUCCGUGAAGAAAACAUCGCGUUGAAGGCGCAGCUGGCCGUGGCGAUCGCAGGUGCGGUGGAUGCAGCGGCAGUGGACGUGGUCGUGGCAGGGCUUUCGUUGAAAGAAGAUGCAGUACCGGAAUCUCUUCUGACACCAGGGAACGAUGCGGUCCUUCCAGUGCACGAAGCCGCCGUACUGGAACAAGCUCACGUGAUGAACAUCUUGUCCGUCAGUGGGCACUUCCAUGACCCGGCCCUCGUAGCGUCCGGUGGCGCCGACAAGUACGUAAAAGUGCACCAUUGGCAAAAAAAGGUGUUUGUGGCCGCCUACGAUGCCGGCGCGCCAGUCCUCGCGCUCUCGUUCCAUCCCGCCAAGGCGCAUGCGAACUACCUCAUGGCGAGCGGCAUGGACGGGCGGCAUCACGUGCUGCGCCUAGAACGCGACCAGUUGCAUGUCGUCCAAGUGUUCCACGACCACACCCGCCAAGGCAACAUCCGCCACGCGUGGCUCGCAUCUGGGGACUUGUUGGGGUUUGCGACGGCAGCCAGCGACAAAGUCGCGCACGUGUAUCGCCAAACGACAGGUGAAACCGACGCGGUGACGUUUGAGAUUGCCAAGAGCUACUACUUCAACGGCACGAUCGAGGCCUUGGCUGUGGUGCCGCCACGUCACGCGUUCAACGAAUUAGUGGUUGUGGCCGUGCGCGACGACUGCUACGUGCAUUUCAUCGACACGACAACAUUAGAAAAGACCAGGCUCAAUAUGAACGUGGACGGCAUCGAACAUGUGUCGUACACGAUCAUGGACGUGCAAACGUCCCCAAGUGGCGACUACUUGCUCGUAGCGACCGAUGCCAACCGCCAUUUUGUCGUCAAGGUGCAAUCGAACGUGGUGCUGCGCAACUUCUACGGACACAAGGCGGGUCCGUACAGCCAGCCGCGGGUGGCAUGGCACUCGUCCGAGCAGUUCGUUGUGUCCAACACCGAGGGCGAAGGGGGCUUGGUCAUGUGGAGUGUCGCGUCUGAGAAGGUCGUGCAGCGAGUCAAAGCCCACGACAAACUGCUCCGGGAUCUCUGGUACACCCAGCUGGACAAUGGUGUGGACAUGCUUGUCACGGCCUCGUACGACAAGACGCUAAAGUUGUGGCACACUGUUGUGUAAACCCAGAAAUCCUGCGAGAAUCGAUAAUGGACUGGAACGAUCGAGAAACAAACUACUCAGGAACACAUAGCUUUUGAGUUGUACCCCCUGAAUGGUAGUCACAUGUCAGAAG